GAGCGCACCGGCGUGCACAGGGCAAAAACGUGCUGCAGGAACUUCCUACCGAGGGAAAGAAAAGCAGGAGAAAAGGGGGCAGAGAGAGACUUGAAACGUCUCAGUAACUUUAAAAACAUACCAAAACACCCCGUCAGGAGAUGAGGAUGGCAUGCCGCUAUAAAUUCAUUGUUCCACCUCCUCGCAUCUUCACAGCGCUCGCGCUGCUCUCCGCGCUCGCAGCGGCCGACUGGGGAUGACGGCGGGCAGGAAGACACUGCAUCAGAAGGGACACGGACGCGCAGCUUCGCUGGCUCGCCGCAGGCCGCCCCUUGCAUUUCUGUUUUAAUUUUUAUGGCUUUUUUUCUUCUCUUUCUUCCCUUCCUCCCGGUUCCAGUAGAGUCAAGGAAACCCACAAAAUAAGAAAGGAAGCGGGCUCCGGAGCUUGGAACCCCUGCUGCCGGCGGGUCCCGAGCAGCAAGGGGGCUGGAGGCAGCACGCACCAGUUGCCCGCCUGGUGCGCGGCACCUUCCUUACUUUUCUCGGUGCUCCAAUCCUGGCUGGGGUUGGAUUGGGGUUUUUCCCCUUUUCUCCACAACCCGGCUUCUUUUUCUUUUCUUUUCUUUUUUUUUUUUUCAUUUAUUCUUUUUUUUAUCCUCUUUCGGGAGCACGAAUCCAAACAUUUUCCAAACCAACAAAGAAAAGUUCGCACGCUGGCAUCGCGGCCGGGACAGGCUGGCGCUGCUGCCGGGUCCCCCUCCCUCCGACACUUGACUCAACCUUGCAAGCAAGUGUAUGUGUGUCCCCACCUCCCGCCCCGGUAACUUCCAGAGCGAAUAACAAACCCCCAUAAAGUCCCCGUCGCGCAGCCCCUCCCCGCGGGCAGCGCACUAUGCUGCUCGGGUGGGCGUCCCUGCUGCUGUGCGCGCUCCGCCUGCCCCCGGUCGCGGCCGGCCCCGCCGCGGCACCUGCCCAGGAUAAAGCCGGGCAGCCUCGGGCUGCUGCGGCGGCCGCCCAGCCCAGCCGGCGGCAGGGGGAGGAGGCGCAGGAGCCGGCCGAGCCUCCCGGCCACCCUCACCCCCUGGCGCCGCAGCGCAGGAGCCGCGGGCUUGUGCAGAACAUCGACCAGCUCUACUCGGGCGGCGGCAAGGUGGGCUACCUGAUCUACGCGGGCGGCCGGAGGUUCCUCCUGGACCUAGAGCGGGAUGGUUCGGUGGGCGCCGCUGGCUUUGUGCCCGCAGGAGGCGGGCCGAACGCGACCCGGCGCCACCGGGGCCACUGCUUCUACCGGGGCACGGUGGACGGCAGCCCCCGCUCUCUGGCUGUCUUUGACCUCUGCGGUGGUCUCGACGGUUUCUUCGCGGUCAAGCACGCGCGCUACACCCUGAAGCCGCUGCUGCGCGCGCCCUGGGCGGAGGCGGAGGCCAGGCGCGUGUACGGGGACGGGUCCGCGCGGAUCCUGCACGUCUACACCCGCGAGGGCUUCAGCUUUGAGGCCCUGCCGCCUCGCACCAGCUGCGAGACCCCCACGUCCCCGCCAGGGCCCCGUGAGCGCCCCCCGGCGCACAGCAGCCCGGACCGACGCUGGGCGCUGGCCCCGCAGCUCCCGGACCAGUCAACUCCCUCGUCCGAUGGGGGUCAGAGACCACAGACGUGGUGGCGGCGGCGGCGGCGCCGCUCCGUCUCCCGGGCCCGCCAGGUGGAGCUGCUCCUGGUGGCCGACGCGUCCAUGGCGCGGAUGUAUGGCCAGGGCCUGCAGCAUUACCUCCUGACCCUGGCCUCCAUCGCCAACAAGCUGUACAGUCACGCCAGCAUCGAGAACCACAUCCGCCUGGUCGUGGUGAAGGUGGUGGUGCUGGGCGACAAAGACAAGAGCCUGGAAGUGAGCAAAAACGCGGCCGCCACGCUCAAGAACUUUUGCAAAUGGCAGCACCAGCACAACCAGCUGGGGGCUGACCACGAGGAACACUACGACGCUGCCAUCCUGUUUACUCGGGAGGAUUUAUGUGGGCAUCACUCAUGUGACACCCUGGGAAUGGCAGACGUUGGGACCAUAUGUUCUCCUGAACGCAGCUGUGCUGUGAUUGAAGAUGAUGGUCUCCAUGCAGCCUUCACCGUGGCUCACGAAAUUGGACAUCUACUUGGCCUCUCCCAUGACGAUUCCAAAUUCUGUGAAGAAAAUUUCGGUUCCACAGAAGAUAAGCGCUUAAUGUCUUCCAUCCUAACCAGCAUUGAUGCAUCCAAGCCCUGGUCCAAAUGCACCUCAGCCACCAUCACUGAAUUCCUGGAUGAUGGCCAUGGUAACUGUUUGCUAGACCUGCCACGCAAGCAGAUCCUGGGCCCCGAGGAACUCCCGGGACAGACCUACGAUGCCAGCCAGCAGUGCAACCUGACCUUCGGGCCCGAGUACUCGGUGUGUCCCGGGAUGGACGUGUGCGCCCGCCUCUGGUGCGCCGUGGUGCGCCAGGGCCAGAUGGUGUGUCUGACCAAGAAGCUGCCAGCCGUGGAAGGGACACCAUGUGGAAAAGGGAGGAUCUGCCUGCAGGGCAAGUGUGUGGACAAGACCAAGAAAAAAUAUUAUUCAACAUCAAGCCAUGGCAGCUGGGGAUCCUGGGGUUCCUGGGGCCAGUGUUCUCGCUCAUGUGGGGGAGGAGUACAGUUUGCCUAUCGCCACUGCAAUAACCCCGCGCCCAGAAACAAUGGCCGUUACUGCACAGGGAAGAGGGCCAUCUACCGCUCCUGCAGUGUCUUACCCUGCCCAGCCAAUGGUAAAUCUUUUCGUCAUGAGCAGUGUGAGGCCAAAAAUGGAUAUCAGUCUGAUGCAAAAGGAGUCAAAACAUUUGUGGAAUGGGUUCCCAAAUAUGCAGGCAUCCUGCCAGGAGAUGUGUGCAAACUGACCUGCAGAGCUAAGGGCACUGGCUACUACGUAGUGUUUUCUCCAAAGGUGACCGAUGGAACGGAAUGCAGGCCAUACAGCAAUUCCGUCUGCGUCCGGGGAAAGUGCGUGAGGACGGGCUGUGACGGCAUCAUUGGCUCGAAGCUGCAGUAUGACAAGUGCGGAGUGUGUGGAGGAGACAACUCCAGCUGCACAAAGGUGAUUGGAACCUUCAAUAAAAAAAGCAAGGGUUACACUGAUGUUGUGAGGAUCCCGGAAGGCGCGACUCACAUAAAAGUCCGACAGUUCAAAGCCAAAGACCAGACUAGAUUCACUGCCUACUUAGCCCUGAAGAAGAAAAACGGUGAGUACCUUAUCAAUGGAAAGUACAUGAUCUCAACUUCGGAAACCAUCAUUGACAUCAAUGGAACAGUCAUGAACUAUAGUGGUUGGAGCCACAGGGAUGACUUCUUACAUGGGAUGGGCUACUCAGCCACGAAGGAAAUUCUAAUCGUACAGAUUCUUGCAACAGACCCAACUAAAGCCUUAGAUGUCCGUUACAGUUUUUUUGUUCCCAAGAAGUCCACUCCAAAAGUAAACUCUGUCACUAGCGACAGCAGCAAUAAAGUGGGAUCGCCUACUCCACAGCUGCAGUGGGUGACGGGCCCGUGGCUCGCCUGUUCUAGAACCUGUGACACGGGCUGGCACACCAGGACGGUGCAGUGUCAGGAUGGAAACCGGAAGUUAGCAAAGGGAUGUCUUCUCUCUCAGAGGCCUUCUGCAUUUAAGCAAUGUUUGCUAAAGAAAUGUUAGCCUGUGGUUAUGAUCUUCUGCAGAGACAACUGGAUGAUUCAUCACUGACACAGUUGUGGUGAACACAAGGUCAACCGAAAGCACGGAAAGUCACACUUCAGGGUCAUUGUCAACAGGAGUCCGAUUAUGGGCAGAAUCUGCUCUCAGCGACCAAAUAAAGAUGCGCACUGCUUCAUGGGACAGUGGUGACCUUGGAAUAUAGAAAAACUUGGGAGUUAUUGAACAUCCCCUGGGCCUACAAGAAUACAAAAACACUGAUGAAUGUAGAAUCAGGGGACAUUUGAAGAUGGCAGAGCAGUCGCCCCCUUGUCACCUACCUCUUACAGAAUGUCUACAAAGGCAUCGUAAUCAUUUUCGUGCAUAUUAUUUACACAGUAGCUUAUUUUUACUGUUUGUAAAUACAUUCUUCCUUGGUAUGUCACUUUAUAUCACUUGGUUCUAUUAAAAAUAUAUAUAUAUAUAUAUAUAUAUAUAUUUCUAUAAAAAAGUGUUUGACCAAAGUAGGUCUGCAGCUGUUUCCACUCCUUCCAGUUUCUAGAAAGAGCUGUGGAUGUUUUACUGGAAAUUAAGAACUUGCUGCUGUUUUAAGAAAGAUUUAGUAUAUGUUCAGACUACAGGAGAUAAAAUUUUCGUCAAAAACCGUUUUGACAGCAAGAAUCUUCUGAGAAAUUCUGAAAAGAAAAAAGAAGCUCAAUAUAUCUAGUCAUUUAAAUACAUACAGGGGUCCAUUUAUUUAAGCCUUUGACUGCCUGUAUUUUUUCAGGCAGCCAGCCAAACUAAUGCAUAAUUAGGAAGUAGAAGAAAUGUUUGUGUGUGUGUGUAUGUUAUCGAGUCUAAAAAUUAGUUUCCUCCUGUUAGAAUUUAAAAAGAAAACAAAUACAUGCUUCACCAUAUUUUCAAGUUAUAUUUUCACAACUGCCUUCCCUUUCUAUGGUUCCCAUCUGAUAUCUCACAAUGUGUAAUAUACAUUCAGAACACACAGCAAAGAGUUUUCUAUCACCUUCAACACUGGUAUACCUCUUACCAGUGAGCCUUUAAAAUGCAUUUUGUUUUUGCUUGUUUGUUUUGUUCAAGGGUUCUGUAGGACCUACAAUGUUUUGUACUUCUUGUUGACUUGGUAGUUAGCCACAUCUAGAAGUGGUUAUCAUUAAUGUGGCUCGUGAAAAAAAAUAGUUAAUAUUAAUAAUACUGUUUCCACACCACAGGCAAUAAUUCCUUGCAUUGUUUUUUUUCUUAAUCCAAGUAGACUUAUACUGUACUUAAGACUUUUCCCAAUUAGAAAGCAUUUGGUUGUACCAGUAAGUGUUUGAGUGAUGAAAUGUGAUGGUCUUUGCAAAGUCUGCUCUUAUUUCCAUAGCCUGUCUAGGUAGGUGGUGAGUUAGAAUAGUUAGACUUGGAAAACUUUUACAGUCAUCUGCAUAAAAAUCUCAUAGACAGUAAACUGCAUCCCUCUACCCCAUAGCUCAGAAAACCUAAGAUAUUUCAUUUCAUUUGGUUUUUCUUUUUCUUUGUGAAAUAUCACAAAGCUACUUGUUUUUAUAAAAUUUUAUAAUAAUCAUACCAAAUGUGCCUAUUUUUAAAGAUUUGCAUAUAAGGAUAUUAGGGAACUAUUUCUUGAGUUUCCUUACGCUCAUGAGAGUUUAUUUUUAUUAUAAGAUAUUUUUAAUAUAAGAGAAUUAUGUAUUUGAUCUUGCUAUAUAGCACAUUCAUUUCAGGGGAAUGGAUGUCUCACUGUUUUAAGUAUUUUCAUAAGAAAUCAUUAAGAAGUCAAAACUGUUAAUCAUCCUUUGGGUUUUCAUAGACUGACUUUGCUUUAGAUGUGGUCCUUUUUUCUUAAUAAAUUACCAGUUAGAAAAAGGAGGCCUAUACAAGACUGGUAACCUCCAUUUGAUAAAGGUACCAGAUAUCAAGGACAGGGAGCAAAGCUGUUCAUAGCAGUCAGAAAAAAAAAUAAAAAAUAAAAAUCACACCGACCAUUGACUAUGCAGAGAGAAUUAAGAGAAGGACCAACUUUACUUUUUCCAGUAUUCAGAAUAACUUGAAUCAAGUACUUAAACUAUGACAAUUUUUUUUUAAUCUUUUGUGGUUAUAUUGACAGCAACAUUAAAAAAUAAUUGAAGAGCAAACAUGAUUGUGUCCUACUCUGCUUCUCCAUACUGUAUUCAUAGAUUUUUAAAUAUGAUUUACCAAUGAUUCAUUUUUUCCCCAAAUAUUAAAGUUUUACACUUCUCAUGGGAGCAACCCUAGAGAGCUUAGAGCAAAUAAACCACUAUUCCAUGCUUUUAAGGAGUUUCCUUUAGGGUUUUUUGUUUGGUUUGGUUUGGUUUGGUAUGGGUAUCAAUAGACUGACUAAGGAAUGUACGUCUAAACUCCUGAGAAAAUUUAUAGACUGGAAACUGAAAUUCAGAGAAAUGGAGUGUUUGGUAGACAUAGAGUAUGAUGAGCAAAGGGAAAAUCCUCUAUAAUGAAGAUAAUUCAGUUCAGUUUCACAUUGGGUUAUGCCUUUUACCUUUCCAUAGUUACAUCUUGAAUAGAGCGUAGGAUUCGGGAUGCUAGGGGCUACUUCCUAAAAAGAAAAAAAGAAAAAAAAGAGCUUGUCUAAAAAUGCUCAGGUUGGUAAGAAUCUAAUCUCACUCACAAAACUAAAUACUCCAGGUUGUUUCAUUAAAUACUAAGGGAGCCCAGAAGAAAAUAGCAUUUAUUUCUUCGGGAACAGAAAAAAGUCAAACGAAGCCCUCCCUUAUUGUUUAGAGCUUUAAGGACAUUGUUUUAAUUUAUUCAGCAAAUUCAACUUCCUCUGCCUUCCUGUGGAAACAGUUUUAGCACAUUAAGAAUGAAGGGAUUAAUCACAAACAAAAAAAGUUGCAGCACUGAAAAGAAAGUAAUUUAUUGUUUUUGCAACUGGUAUGUGAAUUUGUGUGAUAAAAUUAUUUAUUCUUAUUUAACAAAAAUAUGUGCAAAUUCUUCUAUAUUUAAGAUGUUUUGCUGUUGUCCUACUUUUUAAUUUAUGCUUCAUGUUUGUGUAUAAAGUACACUUUGUGAGUUUACAUAAUAUACGGCACUGGUUGCUUUUGUAUUUUUUUUUUACAGAAAGCUUUCUGUGUGAAACAGGUGUAUAUGUAUAUAUUCCUCAUGUAUUCUUAUUCUGAUACUAUCCCUUUUCUUCCUAAGUAAGUUUUAAAUUUAAUCUUCCAUGGCUAGUAGUGUUCAUCACUUGUAGUUAUUUUAAUAGGUCUUUUGGAUUCCAUUUAAUACUAAUUUUUCCAAGCUUCAGAUAAGAAAAGCAUUUAUUCAAGCAACUAAGGUCUAAGUUUUAAACUAGGAUAUAUAGGUAGCCUAGAAGCUUCCCAUAGAAGCUAAGACACAAUUCAAAAUCAGGUCCAUGAGCUUCACUGAUGAACUUUGGACAAGGAGCUGUUGAUACAUCACAGCCUCCAAGUGAUAUCAAUGAUAAUAAAACCAAAUAAUGUCUUUUGCUGCCCUAGAAACCCUCCUUAAAAUUAGUAUCAUUCAGUCUCUAGUAUCUUUAAGAUUCUAUAGAUGAGAGUAAACAAAGUGGAUUUAAAUGAUUCAAAUGUUUGUAGUCAUAACUGUUUCACCAAGUUUGGGAUCUCCAUUGAUACAAUAUGACUUUUUACUACUACAAGUUAAUCUCUUGGAGGGAUAAUAGGACUUGGGACAAGCAGGGACACCUCUGAGCACACCAGCUUGCUCCUGACUAUGAUUUCACAGUCUGGUCAUGGCAAUAAGGCAAAGCACCUUUGGAUACACAAUUGACUAGAUCAAUCUCUGGUUCUGAUGUUUCUCCCCUUUACUCCUUCCUCAUUGGACAAGGUCAUUGUAAUUGUUUAGGUGAGGGCAGCAGCCAGAGUCAAAGAAGUUCAGGACUUGUGCUAUAACUUAGAGUUCACUGUUUGUGAAAUAAGAUUGAAUUUAAUAAUGACUGGAUUUUGCUAAUAGUUUAUAGCUAAGUAUGAAAUCUCAUUGGUAUGAUUGGUGACUAUUAGUAAUCUAUUAGUAGUUAAACCUGAAGCCAUAAAAACACCUUAUUUUUUUUUAACAUUUCAAAGGUACAAAGUAAAUGAAUGACCUUGAAGACAGAAAUGGCCAUCCAAAGCUAUAAUAGAACCAAGUACAGGGUCAAGGUGAUCUAUCUUAUAGACACACAGAAAAGGAAUUUACAUGUUUUCUCUAUUAUUUUUCUCAUUUGUCAACAACAUGUAGUUUUAGGUUGUCAAACAGGUAGAUCAACUUAGCUCAACAGCCCACUGAAACAUACAAUCUUUCUAAUAGCUCCCUGUUAUCAUGAACUACAGAAAUGACUGCUCAAGUUAUAACACAUGAAACACAUCAGUCUAUACCACAUAAUUUUGUGUUCUAUUCAAUUAAUGUAUGAGAACAUACUGAAACACCAACCCACGCAUUAGUGAGCCAGAAAAUGAGAAUAUACAUAGUGUUUAGAUCAGAAAAGCUUUCAACCUGGCAAUUAUCUUUCCGGUGCCAUUAUAUCAUAAUUUUUAAUGCAGAUUUUGUAGAAAAGAUAAAGGAAUCUGUUGUUAGAAAACGCUGGUUUUAAAAUGGAGUAGGACUGAAACAUACACAUUCAUUAACCCUGUUAGUUGCACCCUCUUAAUAUUCUAGCACUAAGAGUAAGUUUGCUGUCUGUGGUCCUUAUCUCAUAGCUCCACUGACUGAUCCAUGUGUACUGCCAUAGGUCAAAUGAAAAAAAAAUAAACAAUGGCCCAUUAUCCUAUAAGGCACUGCCACAUCAGAGUGACCCAAGUCUAACACUGUGAGGAAAACUGUGAUUUAUAAAUAAAACAGGGCAUUUUUUCUUUUA